AUGGUUAACUACGCCGGCUUGAAGGGUUUCACUGUCGAGACGGGGUAUGAGAGCUGGAGGGAGCUGGCUAAGGCUCUGGCAGACACGAAUGUCCCGGGUGGGGACCCAAGCCUUCAAUUUUACUAUCUGCAGAAGCUGGGACGCCAGAAUGAAUUGCUGCAAAGAGGUGGGAGGAAUAAAUCGAAUUACGCAGCUGUGGACAAGCCUGUGUCCUGGAUGCCGGAGUUCCAGGGCCAGGCCAAUCUGCACGUGUUCGAGGACUGGUGCGGCAGCUCCACUGAGCAGCUCAGGAAGAACCUCCACUUCCCCCUCUUUCCCCACACACGAACUACUCUGAAGAAGCUGGCUGUGUCCCCAAAAUGGACCAACUACGGUCUCCGUAUAUUUGGCUACCUGCAUCCUUUCACCGACGGGGAGUUUCAGUUUGCCAUUGCUGCGGAUGACAAUGCUGAGUUCUGGUUGAGUCCAGAUGAAAAGACCUCUGGCCUCCAGCUGCUGGCCAGUGUUGGCAAGACAGGGAAGGAGUGGACCGCACCAGGGGAGUUUGGCAAAUUUCACAGCCAGCAGUCAAAGAUGGUGAGGUUGUCAGCUGCAGGCAGGUACUAUUUUGAGGUGCUGCACAAGCAGGAUGACAGAGGAACAGACCAUGUGGAAGUAGCAUGGAGACUGAAUGACCCAGAAGCGAAGUUCAAAGUCAUUGACUCCCAAUACCUCUCCCUUUUUGCCAACGAGACGCUUUUAAAGAUGGACGAGGUUGGGCACAUCCCGCAGACGUUGGCCAGUCACACAGGCCGGCCCGCUGACAGCGCGGGCAGCGAGGCGCACCCAGCUGACAUGCUGAAGCCUGACCCCCGGGACACUCUUUACAAAGUGCCUCUGCUCAGCAAGUCUCGCCUGCGCCGAGCCUUGCCAGACUGCCCGUACAAGCCCAGCUACCUGGUGAACGGAUUUCCUCUGCAGCGCUACCAGGGACUCCAGUUUGUUCAUUUGUCCUUUGUUUACCCAAAUGAUUACAGCCGCCUGAGCCACAUGGAGAAAGACAACAAGUGCUUCUAUCAGGAGAACCCUUAUUACUUGGAAAGAUUUGGAUUCUACAAGUACAUGAAAAUGGACCGGCCAGAGAAGAGCCUGGACUCUGGAGAAAAGACAGAGCAGCCAGGCUCCCAGGAGGGGAACCUGGAUGACCUGCAGUACGCGGAGCAGGACGCGGAGAGUACCGGUCCCCCCAAGCGCCCCGGCACGGGGAGAGCAGAGCCGGCAGGCAACGCUCCCAGCAGCGUGGUGGGCAGCGACAACGUUCACGAGGACUAUUCCCUCCGGGAGCGUCGUCGGCUCCUCUCGGUGAUGCGUGGCAGCAUGGGAGAGGGGCUACAGAGGGGAAGGACGAAGAGGUCUGGCGUCAGAUCAGCCACGCUGGCCUCGGCGAACCAAAGCCUCAGCCAGGCUGUCCUGGACGGGCACCCAGUAAUGAAAAGACCCCGUUUAAAAGCUGGCGUCAAAGACAACUCCAGGAGCCCUCCGCAGCACGCCAGGGCCAUCCAGGGCAGAGCGCCUGUCAAAAAGGCGAACCCCCCUUCUAGGACCAUGUCUCAAAAGCAGCAGCCUGUUGGUGGCCCCAGGGACUCAGGGGUCAUGGCUCCCAAAGGGGUGAGAGCUCGAGGAGGCCUCAGCACCGCUGAGGAUGGGCUGCAGCCAGCAGGCACCGUGGCAGCCAGGAAGGCAGGGCCAGUCUCCGGGAUUUUUUUUUCUGCGAGCGCGGCCAGCCCCAGCCAGCAGCCCGGGCUGCCGCAGUGGCUGGACCAAGUGGAGUCCUACAUUGCUGAGCAGAAGGCGGCCAAUGGUGGGGACGUGGGCGAGGGAGAGGUGCAGAUGGCAUCUCCUGUGAAGGGCAAGUCUGGACCUGUGGCAGCAGAAGAGGAAGAGGAAGAGGCAGAUGGUGAGCCAGAGGAGGAUGAUGAGGAGGAUUUCGAUUACAUACCAGUGUUUGACCAGGCGGUGAACUGGGAGCAGACCUUCAGCACAAGCAACCUGGACUUCCAUAUGCUGCGCACAGACUGGAUUGACCUGAAAUGCAACACGUCAGGAAACUUGCUGCUAAGGGAAAGGGAGGCCCUGGAAGUCACACGUGUCUUCCUCAAGAAGCUCAACCAGAGGAGCAAAGGCAGAAACUCUUGUUAUGAUCUGAAAGGCCAUGACCUGGCAUUUCAUCCUGUUUUGGCCAUUCUGAACCCACAGCUCACCCCAGUUUUUACGGAGGAGAGGAAGAUGAGGAACCUGGUGUGGGGUCGCCAGCGGCACCUGAUGGCUGUGGCCAACGAGCCAGAGCUGUGCUGGCCCCAGGGCUUUUCUUGGAAUCACCAUGCCGUGGUUCACUUCGUGGUGCCAGUGAAAAACCAGGCACGUUGGGUGCUGCAGUUCAUCUCUGACAUGGAAGAGCUGUUCCGAGUCACGAAGGAUCCGUACUUCAACAUUAUCGUCACGGACUACAGCAGCGAUGACAUGGAUGUAGAGAAGGCUCUGAAAAGGUCUGCCUUGCCCAGCUAUCGGUACUUGAAGCUGACAGGCAAUUUCGAGCGUUCUGCUGGGCUGCAGGCGGGGAUAGACCUCGUGACGGACCCGCAUAGCAUCAUUUUCCUGUGCGACCUCCACAUCCACUUCCCGGCUGGGGUCAUCGAUUCGAUCCGGAAGCACUGUGUGGAAGGCAAGAUGGCCUUUGCACCCAUGGUCAUGAGGCUGCACUGCGGCAUGUCCCCACAGUGGCCUGAUGGCUACUGGGAGGUAAAUGGGUUUGGUCUCCUGGGCAUAUACAAGUCUGACCUGGACAAGAUCGGAGGCAUGAACACAAAAGAAUUUCGGGACCGCUGGGGAGGAGAGGACUGGGAACUCCUGGACAGGAUCUUGCAGGCCGGGCUGGAAGUGGAGCGUCUCUCCCUGAGAAACUUUUUCCACUGGUUUCACUCGAAGCGGGGCAUGUGGAACCGGCGCCAGCUGAAGACACUGUAGCCUUCAACCCCAAAGCUGCCCAGCAGCGCCGUCCACCAUCUCGUCUCGACGUGCACUUUAUCGAGGCACACAGC